AUAUGAGUGGAUGACAAGGCUGACACCGGUCGGGGAGGUGUGACGACCGAUGACUGUCGGAGGGGCACAGGGACCGAGACAGUCGGACGAUCAUCACAUCUUGAAGGUGAAAGAACCUGCCGACUGUCCUGCGUCUCCAGGAGCCGUCUGGUGUAGUCAAAUAAAGUAGGUCUACAGCAGCAGCCUUGAAGAGGAAGAACCACAUGCAUUUGUUGCCAGUCUCCUGAAGCUGUCCAGUCAGCAACAACAACAGUCCCCCCCGUCAAACUAUCCCUCAUGGCAACGAUCGCUAUGGAGCGGAUUGGGCGUCUGUUCAUCAACCUCCAGCAGGUAAGGGCGUUGCCCCAGAUGCUGACAGAGGCCGCCCCCUCCAUGCCAGGCACGCUACGGGACACUGAAGUUCCCGGAUUCUUCAGAGAGCGCUACAUCCACGCCGGCUACCGACCGCUCCACCAGGGCUGGAGGUACUACUUCCUGUCGCUGUUCCAGCGUCACAAUGAGACCAUCAAUGUGUGGACCCACCUGCUAGGGUCUCUCCUGGUCCUGGUCAAGUUCCUACAGCUAGCUGAGACGGUGGACUUCAUCGAUGACGCCCACGCCUGGCCCCUCCUCAUUCUCCUGCUGUCCUCCCUGGUCUACAUGGCCUGCAGCACUGUAGCCCACCUCCUGGCCGCCAAAUCAGAGUUCUACCACUACUGCUUCUUCUUCCUGGAUUAUGUAGGAGUGGCUCAGUAUCAGUACGGCAGCGCCGUGGCUCACUUCUACUAUGCUGUGGAACCAAACUACCACCAGUGGGUCUCCCCAGUCUUCAUGCCCACUGCCACCUUCCUCUGCUGCCUGUCCUGCCUGGGCUGCUGCUAUGGGAAGUAUCGCAACUACAGCCUGCGGGUCUGGGUCCGGAAGGUGGGCCAGGUGAUUCCCUCGGCUAUGGCCUAUGCCUGGGAUACUAGUCCGGUGUUCCACCGCCUCCUCCAGUCCUUCUGGACCACGUCGCACAGUGAUGACAUCGCUGCCCCCGCCAGUGGCAUAAUCGGCGACCCGGCUAUAUCCUUCCAUGGGAGCCAGGUAGCCUUCUUCCUGUCCAGUGCGUUCUUCUUCACCAACCCACUCCCAGAGCGUCUGUUCCCAGGCCACUGUGACUUCCUGGGGCAGGGCCACCAGCUGUUCCACGUCUUCCUGGUUAUCUGUACUCUCUGUCAGAUCCAGGCCUCUCACCUGGACUACCUGGGCCGACGGCCACUCUACACACAGCUACACGGAGAGGGAGCAUCCACUGUCUAUCUGGUGCAGUAUGGAGCCACGCUGGUGGCCUGUGUCUGCAUAGCAGUCUUCAUUGCAAGGAAAGCAAAACGGUUGCUUAACUGCAGAGACAAGUCCAAGUGAACUGGGUAGGUCACUGUGUAGGAGACUUACAAUCACUUCCCUGUGGGCAAAACUGGUUGAAAUGAGUUGACGUUAUUACAGCCAAAAACUUUUGCCCAGUUUUGCCCGCUGGGUUGGUACCAAAGUGAUCAAUGUGGCCAAUGUGGCUGCUUCUACACCUGCAUUGCUUGCUGUUUGGGGUUUUAGGCUGGGUUUCUGUACAGCACUUUGAGAUAUCAGCUGAUGUACGAAGGGCUAUAUAAAUAGAUUUGAUUUGAUUUGUUCGACUCGACACAAACUUCCUUCCUUAGCCUGCUCGUUUGCUUCUAUAAUAUAAUGUUCCUCUACAGCACCUGUGUCCUUGACGAUGACAGAAGUAUUGCCUAAUCAUGUCUCAAUGCUUUUGUUACAUUUGUGCUAGUUUUGUUCCAUUAUGUUUUUUUGUUUUUUUUACAACAACGUAUGUCUAACUACUGCCAAGAAACAUUGUGAUAUGAGUCCUUGUCAGCACUCAAACAAUGAAAUGAAUUGAUCUUAAAGGGAUAGUUUAUUCACUUUCAAAGUAGGAUUAUGUUGGAAAAGGAAGCAUACUGUGUAGUGGGUGUGGUUCUGAAUAUCAACAAUACUGCUAACUAUGCUUUUUAUAGGAGUUUCACAUUUUAAUGCCAGGCCGAUCAAUUUAUCCACGUCUAGAGCACUUUUAUAGGCAGACAAAUUGACUUACCCACAUUGCACUUUUUCACCUAUGAGAGUAUAAACUGAGUAUUUCUCAUGUGGGGUCACAAAUCAAGGCUGUACUGGACCAAUUGCUGAGAAAGUGUAUUAAUGAAUCCGUCAAUGUAAACCUUAUGUAAGAUUAGACAUGCACGUACAGUGGCAAGAAAAGUAGGUGAACCCUUUGGAAUUACCUGGAUUUCAAUUUGAUCUUCUAAGUCACAAUAAUAGACAAACACAGUCUGCUUAAACUAACACACAAAUUAUUGUAUUUUUCUUGUCUAUAUUGAACACAUAAUUUAAACAUUGAGUGUAGGUUGGAAAAAGUACGUUAAUCCCUAGGCUAAUGACUUCUCCAAAAGCUAAUUGGAGUCAGGAGUCAGCUAACCUGGAGUCCAAUCAAUGAGAUGAGAUUGGAGAUCUUCGUUAGAGCUGCCUAGCCCUAUUAAAAAAAAAACUCACACAAUUUGAGUUUGCUGUUCACAAGAACCAUUGCCUUAUGUGAACCAUGCCUUGUUACCAACGUAUCUUUAAAAGCCUUGAUGUUCAUCAGUCCACAGUAAGACAAAUUGUCUAUAAAUGGAGAAGGUUCAACGCUGUUGCUACUCUCCCUAGGAGUGGCCGUAAGGGAAAGAUGACUGCAAGAGCGCAGAAUGCUCAAUGACGUAAAGAAUCCUAGAGUGUCAGCUGAAGAAUUACAGAAAUCUCUGGAACACUCUAACAUCUCUGUUGACGAGUGUACGAUACAUAAAACACUAAACAAGAAUGGUGUUCAUGGGAGGACACCACGGAAGAAGCCACUGUUGUCCAAAAAUAACAUUGCUGCACGUCUGAAGUUUGCAAACGUGCACCUGGAUUUUCCACAACACUACUGGCAAAAUAUUCUGUGGACAGAUGAACCUACAGUUGAGUUGUUUGGGAGGAUCACACAACACUAUGUGUGGAGAAAAAAAGGCACAGCACACCAACAUCAAUAUUAUCCCAACUGUAAAGUAUGGUGGAGGGAACAUCAUGGUUUGGGGCUGCUUUGCUGCCUCAGGACCUGGGCAGCUUGCUAUCACUGACAGAAAAACUAUUUUGUUUUUGCAGGAGAAUGUAAGGCUAUCUGCCAAUUGAAGCUCAACAGAAGUUGGGUGAUGCAACAGGACAACGAAGAAAAUACGCCUUCUGGAGUGGCCCAGUCAGAGUCCUGACCUCAACCCAAUUGAGAUGCUGAGGCUCAGGAGAGCGGUUCACGCCAGACAUCCCAAGAAUAUUGCUGAACUGAAACAGUUUUGUAAAGAGGAAUGGUCCAAAAUUCCUCCUGACCGUUGUGCAGGUCUGAUCCGCCACUACAGAAAACGUUCAGUUGAGGUUAUUGCUGCCAAAGGAUGGUCAACCAGUUAAUAAAUCCAAGGGUUCACACACUUUUCCCACCCUGCACUGUGAAUGUUUACACGGUGUGUUCAAUAAAGACAUGAAAACGUAUAAUUGUUUGUGUGUUAUUAGUUUAAACAGACGGUCUAUUGUUAUGACUUAGAUGAAGAUCAGAUAAAACUUGACAAAUUUUAUGCAGAAAUCCAGGUAAUUCCGAAGGGUUCACAUACUUUUCUUGCCACUGUAUACACACAGUAUAUUUUUAUAGUAAACACCAUGUGUAGUCACUGUAUUAUGUCAACAUGCUCUUGUUGUGCCUUGAGAGUAUUUAUCUUUUACAUAACGGGAGAUGACGAAGCCUAUCACUAGCCUGGUCCCAGAUCUGUUUGUGUUGUCUUGUCAACUCAUAUUGUCAUAGCGCAAACCAAUCUGGAUCCGGGCUAGAUCUAUCACUGAACAAAGCUAAUUAGAAUGUCAACUUUUAUUGUCUUUUCUAUAUUGGGGGGGGGGGGGGGGGGGGGGGGGGCGGGUGAAUCUAACUGCUUUUUUCUUUAUGUAUUUGUCACUUUGUAACAGUUGUUUUUACUUGCUCACUUUAAUCCUAGACUAUAUUUGCUUAGUUGUUCUCUGGUCUGGAAAAGUCCUGACCUUGUGUUGACUGAGUUUUGAAAGCUACUGUGUCAUAUUGAAAAUGUUCAAUUGACAUGGUGUCAAAUGAUGUAUGUAACGGUCGUGAUCGUACAGUAAUACAUGACUAGUUUAUAAUCUGUAAAUUGUUGGUGCGUUUACCCUGGCUUCCCACUGCCAGGACUGGUAAGGACACUGAAUGUUUAUCUUGGAAAAGAGACCUUUAAACCCUGACUUGGACCACACACCCACUCCACUGAAUAGCAGGAUACUGAUUGCUUUGCAACACUUGCAGUUAGCCACUGCUUCCUUCCAAAACACAACUUGUGUAAUGUUUAUGUCCAAUGGCCGAUGAGCACCGAUACGUUGUAUCUAUAAUUUAUCCUCAUAGGAUUGAAAAGGAUUUGCAAGUAGAUUUUCGACGUGAUUCAUUAUGAAGACUGCUUGCUAGCUAAGAGUUAGAAAGUAUGACGUUGACAUGAUCAGUCCAAUCAAAGAUAAAAUGAUGUAAUAUCUAUCCUAUCUGUGGCCAAUGACCAUGAGCCUUCUUGGAUGGGUACUUCUAUUGUAACUUUAUGGCAGCACCCAAGGGGCUUGAAUUUUUUAACUCUGCCCAUAGUUUUUGCGGUGACGUAGUAUCCCCAUGAGUGACGGAACACUGAGCCAAUCACGGCGUAACUAGAGAACAUUACCAACCCCUAAGCUCUGUAUUUUCCACUACCACAGAAAGCUGAGCUAGGCUUAAACACCUGCAUUUUGGAGCUGCCUUGCUCAAUAAAGCAAAACAAGAG